ACAGUGUCCUGUUAGAAUAAGGAGAAAAAGAAAAAAAAGGCUUAUAAAAGAAAGGAAUAGAGUUGAUGGGUCAGAAAUCUCUUUGUUUUUGUUUGUGUAGGAAGCAAAGAUCAAUCAAUCAUGCAGAUAUUCGUGAAAACCCUAAUAGAAAAGACCAUCACCCUCGAAGUUGAGAGCAGCGAUACCAUCGACAAUGUCAAGGCCAAAAUUCAGGAUAAAGAAGGCAUAGCUUCUGAUCAGCAGAGACUGAUUUUUGCUGGAAAACAGUUGGAAGAUGGUCGAACCCUGACUGAUUACAACAUUCAGAAAGAAUCAACUCUUCACCUUGUUCUGAGGCUCAGGGGAGGAACUGUGAUCAAGGUGAAGACUCUUACUGGAAAAGAAAUUGAGAUCGACAUUGAACUCAUUGAAACCGUUGAUCGUAUUAAGGAACGUGUUGAGGAGAAAGAAGGAAUACCUCCUUUUCAGCAAAGGAUUAUUUAUGCUGGAAAACAACUCGCAGAUGACAAGACAGCUAAAGAUUACAAUAUUGAAGGCGGUUCUGUUCUUCACCUUGUUCUUGCACUAAGGGGUGGCAGACUCUAGGUUGCACUUAACUUGGUGAAAACUUAGAUUUUUCAUGUCUUUAUUCCAUGAUUUUCUCUCCCCACCCUCCCCCUUUUCGCUGUUAUGCAGUUUUUUCUAAACUGAUAUACGAUUGGAAUAAAUAGGAAAACUUU